UAACGGGACACACAAAGUUUCUCACUUCAGUCUGAGCGGCCGAAACUUCCGGACCAACAUGAGUUCCAGGUUCCACGUGUGGUUCUGGUGCCUGCUGGGUGUCUGCCGGGCCCUGGAGCUGGAUCAGCUCUUUGAGUUCGGUUCGGGAGCCGGAGACCAGGAGCUCCAGACCGGUUCGGACUCGAGCGUGGAUCUUCAACUCAGCGAGUCCGUGUUCGUGUUCAGUGAGACCUUCAGCUCGGUCCAGAUAAACACCAACGGGUUUGUGGCGGUUUCCAAGCUGCCGCCUGAGGAGGAGUACCUGGGGAAGAUGCCAGUCAAAUUCAAAAUGAUUGCAGCUCUCUUGGGAGACCUGGACAACAGUGAUGGACAGGGGAAGGUCUACUUCAGGGAGGACAAGAGUCCGGCCGUCCUGACUCGAACUGCUAAUCACAUCAAGCAAGCGUUUCCCAACGAAAAGGGGGUGGAGCCUAUCAGCACCAUCGUCGUCACCUGGGAAAACAUGUCUGCUCACGGGACGUCUGGACGAGGAGACGGACUGGACGUUAAGAGAAACACUUUCCAGUUGGUUGUGGCCUCCAUGAAACGGACGUCUUGCGCCAUCCUCCUGUACCCCAAACCUGGCCUGCAGUUCUCCUCCACAUCAAUCGGGGGCAGCAGUAAGCUCCUGGAGGCUGGCUUCAAUGAAGGCGAAGUGACAAGCUGGCUUUGGGGAACCUCCAUGGGAACGUACUUCCGCAUCACCACUGAAGAAGAAAACUCUGUCAGACAGCUCAGCCGAAAAUCAAACUCGGGACAGAGCGGUGUGUGGGUGUACGAAAUUGGCUCCACAUCAUUUUAUGGCAUCAUACCCGGGAUGUUAAGUAAACUGUCUGAGGAGGAUGAAAACACUUCAACUGUGACUACGUCAACAAGUCACCCUAAUAAUCCACAGGAGGCGGAGCUCUCUACCUAUAAAACUCAAAUGAUGACGACAACCAAAGUACCAGAAAAUAACCAACUUCCUUCUGAAACUCCUAUGGGGCAGCAACCAACUUACCUUGAAUCUCAGACCGCCACACCAGGCCCCGCCCAAUCUGAGACCAUCACACCAGAUCCCAUCAAAACAGAGUCCACCAGAACAAGCUACGUCAACACCGAACCCACCACGAUAGAGUUUGUCAAAACUCAGACUGUCACUCCAACUAAGCCGAGACACCCAGACUCAACACGGUCAAGUCAUCCACACCCAACGAAGACAAGAGACUAUGAACACACCCAAACAACAGACCCCACCCCCCAGCCCACAGAGACCAGAUCCCCUCAGACAUUCAAACCAACGUACCCUGAACCUGACCCAGUCAAACCACCACAGGACACCAACCCUGACGCCUUGCUGCCUUUGCCACCGUACUCGCGGUCACACCACCCUCAGAUAGUUGUGGUGGAUGAAGAUCUGAAUGUGGACGUUUUUGGAUACAAUUUGGAAACAUGUGACCAAAACAGAAACACAUGCUCUGUUUUCGCUGCCUGUCGGGAUUACGGCAGCGGGUUCUGCUGCUACUGUAACCCGGGUCACUAUGGUAACGGGAAGACCUGCCUCAAAGAAGGUGAACCGCAGAGAGUAACAGGAAAAGUAACUGGUCGGGUGUUUGUAGGACAGUCGGACACACCUGUGGCACUCGAUAACAGUGACUUCCACUCGUACGUGGUGACCAAUGAGGGGCGGGCCUACGUGGCCAUUAGCAACAUUAACCGGAGCCUGGGGCCGUCCCUGCAGCUGCUGUCGUCAGUGGGAGGAGUCAUCGGCUGGACCUUCGCCUUGGAGCAGCCGGGUUACCAGAACGCCUUCAGGCUGACCGGUGGUGUGUUUUCUCGGCUGGCGGAGGUCAUUUUCCAGCCCGGCAACGAGCGCCUGAUCAUCCGGCAGGACUUUAAAGGACUCAACGAACACGGCCGCCUGCAGCUGGACAGCCAGCUGGAGGGCCGUCUGCCCGUCAUCGCGCCCGGAUCGUCCGUCCACGUUGGCCCAUACACCGAGAUCUACCAGUACAGCAGCAACCUGAUCACUUCCUCCUCCACCCGCACCUGCACCGUCACCACACCAGAGGGCGACGUCCUGACCCGGAACUACCAGUGGCGGCAGACCAUUACCUUCCACAGUUGUCUGCAUGAUGACAUCAUCAGAAUGGCUCCACCCACCCAGUUGCUCAGUGUGGACCACGUCUUCGUGACGUUUGAGGAAGAAAAUGAACUGAUCCGCUACGCCACGAGAAACAAGAUUGGCUCCGUGAACGGCGGCCCUCCAGAGAAGAAUCCAUGUUUUACAGGCGAACACGGCUGUGACCACAACGCCGUCUGCAGACCGGCUGAAGGACGUCAGUUCACCUGUCAGUGUCUUACCGGGUUCACAGGAGACGGACGCAUCUGCUACGAUGUUGACGAGUGCAGCCGGACUCCUCCGGUCUGUGGAUCAAACGGCGUCUGCACCAACCAGCCCGGAACGUUCCGCUGCGAGUGCUCGCCCGGCUUCCUGCUCGCGGGCGACGGGAAGGUCUGCAUCGACGUAGACGAGUGCCGCCAGGGACGAUGUCAUCGGGACGCUGUCUGCACCAACACUCACGGCUCCUACAGCUGCCGGUGCCAGCUAGGUUUCCAUGGAGACGGCUUCCAGUGCAGCCCCGUGUCCUCAGAUCGAGAGCUGUCCCAGUGCGAGCGUGACAGGGAGAACGCUCAGGCCGCCGCAUCUGGAUCCUUCCAACACCCGCAUCCAGCCGUUGGACACCACAUCCCGCAGUGUGACGAGCAUGGUGCCUACGAGCCCAUGCAGUGCCACGCCCACAUUAGACAGUGCUGGUGUGUGGACGCCAACGGCCGGGAGAUCCCCAACACCCUCACCGGUCCAGGAAGUACAGCCCUGUGUAUCAACCACGCAGUGACGGCGCCUCCUGUGGGUCCCACGCCGCGGCCCGAUGUUAGCCCAGUCACCCCGGGGACGCACCUGCUGUUCGUCCAAAGCGGAAAGAUCGAACACAUCCCUCUGGAUGGGUACAAGAUGAGGAAUGAGGCAGCCAAACCGCUGCUGCACGUCCCAGACCGGGUGGUGAUCGCUGUGGCUUACGACUGCGUGGACAAGACCAUUUAUUGGACCGACAUCACCGGCCCCGCCAUCAGCAAGGCCACGGUGAACGGCGGUGACGUCAUCCCACUCGUCACAACAGAGUUGCAGAGCCCAGAAGGCGUGGCCAUCGACCACGUGGCCCGCCUCCUCUUCUGGACCGACUCCAUGCGGGACACGGUGGAGGUUGCCAAGCUGGAUGGCAGCCAGCGCCGCAUCCUCUUCCACACCGACCUGGUGAACCCGCGUCCCAUCGUCACCGACCCCAAAUACGGGCUGCUGUACUGGGCCGACUGGAACAGGGACGGGCCCAAAAUUGAAAUGUCCAACAUGGAUGGAACCGAUCGGACCAUUCUGGUUCAGGAUGACCUGGGGCUUCCAAACGGUCUGACCUAUGACCCCGACACCCAGCAGCUGUGCUGGGCUGACGCAGGGACUCGUCGAGUGGAGUGUAUGGAUCCUCAUCGCAGGCUGAGGCGGCGGGUCAUGGAAGGGAUCCAGUAUCCCUUUGAUCUGGUUUCCUUUGGACAGAAGCUGUACUACACGGACUGGAGGAGGGAUGCCGUGAUCGCUGUGGAUCGUCACGCCCACAAAGAGACGGCUGAGUUCCUGCCACAGAAACGCUCCCGGCUGUACGGCAUCACCACGUUGACCACCAAGUGCUUGCCAGCGUACAAUUACUGCCACAACAACGGCGGCUGCUCUCACUUGUGUCUGCCGCGAGCCGGCGGAUUCACCUGCCGCUGCCCGGACGCCGGCGCUGGCCAGUGUGAGGAAGACAACCUGUGAAAGAGAAGAAAAACAAACACACAAAU